AUGAGUGCUCAAUUGAUCGAUGGUAAAGCCUGCGCUCAAGCCAUUCGUACAGAGAUAGCUGACGAGAUCACCGGCUUAAAAUGCCGGGAUCCAUCCUUUAAACCACGUUUGAGCAUUAUCCAAGUGGGUUCGAGGAAAGACUCCAGCACGUAUGUGCGCAUGAAAUGUAAAGCUGCGAAAGAAGCCGGUAUCGAAGCGGAUCUCAUUUCUUUGGCGGAGGAUAUCACCGAGCAGCAGCUGUUGGAUAAGAUAGCUUCCCUGAAUGAAGAGCCUUCUGUUCAUGGUGUGCUGGUCCAGCUUCCUUUACCGGCACACAUUGAUGAGGAUAGAGUGACCUCUGCCGUGGCUGCUUCCAAGGAUGUCGAUGGAUUCGGUCCUAUCAACAUCGGAGAGCUGAACAAGAAAAAUGGGCACCCUUUCUUCUUGCCCUGCACUCCUAAGGGAAUCAUUGAGCUGUUGAAGAGAUAUGAUGUUACCAUUGCGGGGUCUAAGUCGGUCGUUAUCGGCAGAUCUGAUAUUGUGGGGUCUCCUGUCGCUGAGCUGUUGAAGUCCCUGGACUCCACUGUUACAAUCGCACAUUCCAAGACCAAGGAGCUCCCUUCGUAUCUCACGGACGCAGAUAUUGUUGUCGUUGCCAUCGGCGUACCAGAGUUCGUGAAAGGAGAAUGGUUCAAGAACAAUAAGAAGGGCGUCGUGGUUAUCGAUGUGGGUACCAACUUUGUUGAAGAUGCGUCAAAGAAGUCUGGAUACAGAAAUGUUGGUGACGUUGAGUUUGCUGAGGCGUUGAAGUAUGCUAGGUUGAUCACUCCAGUGCCUGGUGGUGUUGGCCCUAUGACGGUGGCGAUGUUGAUGCAGAACACUUUGACAGCCGCCAAGCGCGAUUUGGAGUCAGGGGGAAAGCUCUGCAAAUUUGAACCACUGCCUUUACUCUUGCAGAAGCCAGUCCCUUCGGAUUUUGAAAUCUCUAGGGCUCAGAAACCAAAAGAAAUUUCCAAAGUGGCCUUGGAAGCUGGUAUCCUGCCAUCUGAGUUAGAACCUUAUGGUUCAACAAAGGCUAAGGUAAACCUCAAGAUAAUUGAUCGUUUGAAGGACAGGGAAAACGGCAAGUACGUCUUGGUUACGGGUAUCACGCCAACUCCACUGGGCGAAGGUAAAUCUACCACGACCGUUGGACUAGCACAGGCUUUGGGAGCACAUUUGAAAAAGACAGUUUUCGCCAACGUUCGUCAGCCAUCGAUGGGUCCAACUUUUGGUAUCAAGGGUGGUGCAGCUGGUGGCGGUUACUCUCAAGUUAUUCCUAUGGAUGAGUUCAACUUGCAUGUGACCGGUGAUAUACAUGCGAUUUCGAUGGCGAACAACCUUUUGGCAGCUGCAAUCGAUGCCAGAAUGUUCCACGAGUCGACACAGAAAGAUGUUGCCUUAUACAAGAGAUUAGUUCCUGCCAAGAAUGGCGUUAGAAAAUUUACAAAAACCAUGUUGAAGAGAUUACAAAAAUUGGGUAUUGACAAGUCAAAUCCCGAUGACCUGACUCCUGAAGAGGUCACGAAGUUUGCUCGUCUAGAUAUCGACCCGGAGACCAUUAGCUGGAGAAGGGUGGUUGACUGUAACGAUAGAUUUCUCAGAGGCAUUACUAUCGGUGAAGCUCCAACCGAGCGCGGGUUCACCAGGCAUACUGGUUUCGAUAUCUCUGUUGCUUCCGAAUGUAUGGCUAUUUUGGCUCUCUGUAACUCUUUGUCUGACAUGAGAGAAAGACUAGGGAGGAUCGUGGUUGCUGCCUCCAAGAGUGGUGAACCUGUUACCUGUGAAGACAUUGGGUGUGCAGGUGCAAUGACGGCGCUGCUAAAAGAUGCCAUCAAACCUAACGUUAUGCAAACACUAGAAGGUACUCCUGUGUUCGUUCACGCUGGUCCUUUCGCUAAUAUUUCAAUUGGUGCCAACUCUGUUCUGGCUGACAAGAUGGCAUUGAAGCUAGCUGGUGUUGAUCCAGCUUUGCCCCAGCAAGAAAAGAAUGAGAGAGCUGGAUAUGUUAUUACGGAAGCCGGUUUCGAUUUCACUAUGGGUGGUGAAAGAUUUAUUAACAUCAAAUGUCGUUCCUCAGGCCUCAAACCAGAUGUCGUCGUAAUCGUCGCCACUGUGAGAGCGCUCAAGGUUCACGGUGGUGGUCCGGAGGUUAAGGCUGGUGCUCCAUUGCCUGUCGCUUACCUGACAGAGGACGUCGAAUUGUUGAGAAAGGGCUGUGCCAACUUGACGAAACAUAUCUCGAACGCCAAGCGAUACAACUUGCCUGUCGUUGUCGCGAUUAACAAGAUGUCUUCUGACACUGACCUAGAACACCAAAUCAUUAGAGAAGAGUCUUUGAAGGCUGGUGCCUACGAUGCUAUCGUAUCGAACCACUGGGAGGAAGGCGGUGCCGGUGCCGUUGACCUUGCCAACGGUAUUAUCAAAGCCACCCAAGAGGAAUCAAACAAGGAUUUCAAGUUCUUGUACGAUACCGAGGGUUUAACAGUCGAGGAAAAGAUCACAAAGAUUGCUCAGGAUAUGUACGGUGCAAAGGACGUUGAGUUCCUGCCAGAAGCACAAAAGAAGAUUAAACUUUACACCAAGCAAGGUUUCGACAAGCUACCUAUUUGCAUAGCAAAGACUCAGUAUUCUUUAUCUCAUGAUGCUAACUUGAAGGGUGUGCCAACUGGCUUCACUUUCCCAAUCAGGGAUGUCAGAGCCUCUAUCGGUGCCGGUUACUUGUACGCGUUAGCAGCUGAGAUCCAGACAAUCCCAGGUUUGCCAACCCAUUGUGGUUUUAUGAACGUUGAGGUUAACGAGGACGGAGAAAUUGAAGGUAUGUUUUGA